AUGAGCAAUCAGUGGGUUAUCACUUUAAUUGUAGGCUUCUUAGCUUUAUCUAAAGCUACAAUUAUUUCUCAGAAAUAUGCAGCGAGACUUGACUUUAAUGAUAAGAAGUCAAACAAUGACCUUUUGGGGGAAAAUAAUGCUCAAUCGUUGACUGAGUGCGCCGCAAUUUGUCAAAGGGAGUGCGUCUUUUUUGGUUUUAAUCCUAAACUGAAGAAAUGCCGUACCCACAAGAAAAGAUUAACGUCUGGUAUGUCUGAGGAGGCCGGCUGGAGAUACUACUCGGAUAACGAUUUUUUUAGCAUGCCCAAAGAUUGCAAGGAUCUUCAAGAAAACGGUACAACCAUCACAGGGGUGUAUGAUAUAUACCCCUUCAGAACAUUAACAAUACCCGUUAGUGUGUACUGUGAUAUGAACACAAUGGGCGGGGGAUGGACGGCCAUUCAGAAACGCGUAGACGGAUCCUUGACCUUUGACAGGAACUGGACGGAUUAUAAGAAUGGCUUUGGUUCACCAGAACAGAACGUCUGGAUUGGAAAUGACGUAAUCCAUAAAUUCACGAAAGAAAACACCUCAUCCCUUUAUGUAUCCAUCACUCUCCAGAAUGGUACAACACUCUAUGAAAUGUACGAUCGAUUCUCUGUCUCCAACGAAGCAGGGAAAUAUCAACUCUUUCUUGCAGGACCUGCCACAGGAACUUUAGGUGCCAGUAUUAUAGACAUAGGGGAUUAA